GACUUUUAUGUAUAUUUCCGUGCUGAGCGACAGCCGACAGUGUGCAUAUUCGCAGGACGGGCCCGGGAGGGAGGCUUUGGGAGGUUUGAAAAUGAACUGCAUAAGGAGAUGGUGUUGCGGAUGCCCACAGGGAUCAGUCAGAAGAUGGAGUUGUGUGGUUGGUUGG